GCAAGCUAAGCAUCGCAUUCUCUCCUUGCCUGCUUGAUUCUUCUCAUCACCACACACCGGACCCUGCUUGAUUCUUCUCAUCACCACACACCAGACCAUAGGCAUGGCGUCCUCCAGCGUCCCUUCUUGGCUUGCACUUGCGCUGCUCCUCUUGGUUGCUCUCGCUGCCACCGCCAAUGGCGACGAGCUCUCCCCGGGUUACUACGAGAAGACGUGCCCCAACGUGCAUCGCGUUGUGCGGUCAGUGAUGGCGAGCAGCGUCGCCGCCCAGCCGAGGAUGGCGCCCGCCGUCCUCCGCCUCUUCUUCCACGACUGCUUCAUCAACGAAGCCCGUGUCUUAUCACCCCUUUUUUCAUUUCUCUUUGUGUCUUCUUGGUGGCGGCUGAGACUCGGGAAGAGCCUGCUGCGGGAGAUCGGUGGUGGCGGCAUUUUUCGAACUGCAACCAUCCCACCCCGAGCACAAUUGCAACUCAACACACCCAAGCGCAACUAUAAGCCAUAUAAUGUGACCGCAACCGGGCAUCGGGGCGGAGUUGCAACCGCCCUAAGCAGAGCGCAAUCACAACUUAGCACACCCAAGUGCAACCAGACGUCGGGGUGGAGGUUGCAAGCGCCCAUCCCGAGCACAAUCGCAUCUACCAAGCCCAACCGCAAGACAUAUAUAAGGCGACCGCAACUGCAACUUUUUGGUUUUACCGAUGAAAUACAAGGAACCGUGGGCCCCGCAUGCCCCAGUUGCGACUCGACCAUCGACUUCCAACUGGGGGGUGUUUACUCGGUGCCACUUUGCAACUCGACCAUGAACUCGCAAGUGCACGACUGCCCGGCCACCGUCUCCUGCGACGACGUCAUCGCCCACGCAUCCCGCGACGCCGUCGCCCUGCUCGGAGGACCCACCUGGAGCGUGCCCCUCGGCCGCAAGGACUCGCGCUUCGCCGCCCACCCGGAAUCCACCAAGAACGGCCUCCCCAGCCCGCACGACGACCUCGGCGAGCUCGUCACCAUGUUUUCAAGGCUCAACCUGGACGCCCGUGACAUGACAGCGCUCUCCGGUGCCCACACCGUCGGGAUGGCCAGCUGUGACACCUACAGGGACCGUGUCUACGGCACCGACAGUGAUGAGGAGAUCGACCCAUACUUUGCACAGACCACGCAGCAGACGUGCCAGGGUCUUUCUGGUAAGGCGCCAUUUGACGUGCAGACGCCGAUGAGGUUCGACAACGCUUACUACAAGAACCUUAUCGCACGGCGCGGUCUCCUUUCCUCUGACCAGACUCUCUACGGCGGUGGGGGUCUGCAAGACAAUCUCGUGGAGAUGUACAACACCGACGGUGAGGCGUUCGCUAGGGACUUCGCCAAGGCCAUGGUGAAGAUGGGAAACGUGCCUCCGCCGCACGAAAUACCCGUGGAGGUGAGGCUCAAGUGCUCUAUGGCAAAUAACUAUUGA